AUGACUUCGCGUAUCGACAAGACUAUUGCCCGUCAACGAGAAAAAAUCGCUUCCGGGGCUUACUACGAAGCGCAUCAACAACUGCGUGUCAUCGCCGCGCGAUACAUCAAGCAAGCAAAUUACGAUGCUGCCGCGGAGCUUCUGGCUGGCGGUGCGACCGCUCUCCUGAGAGCCGGAUCUCAGCAAGGUGCAUCCGCCAGUGGAGGAGAUCUCGCCAUUAUGCUGGUUGUCGAAGUGUACACCAAGGCAGGCUGGGAAAUCGUGGGAGGGGAUAAUGAUACAGACGGCCGUGCUCGGAAAAAGCGCCUUGUCGAGAUCCUUCACGAGUUUCCUCCCGAGGAACCCACCCGCAAGCGAUUCAUCCAGGAGCUAAUCGGCUGGAGUGGACGGUUUGGGCCUUUGGAGAGAGGAGACCCGGAAUUGCAUCAUGCUGCCGGAUCAGUUUACGCCGAAGACCAUGAACCGUACGAGGCCGAGAAGCAUCUCAUCCUCGGAACGUCUGAAUCCGCCGAAACGCUGGCAAAGCUUGAGUAUGAAUGGUACACCAACGAUGAACCGCAUACUGCCGCGAUCUAUGCAUCACGCGCAGUGUUUCCGUACAUUCUAACGGGUAACCUGCGCAAUGCCAACAAAGCCCUUCUUAUCUUUACAUCGCGGCUUUCUUCCUCCAAUCCCGCUCUUGGCUCGCAAGGGAUUAGCAGUGCGAGUUCCGAUGUCCGAGUCUUCCCCGCGCUCCCAUUGCUAAAUUUCCUGAAUAUGCUACUCCUCACGAUCCAGCGUGGUAGCGCAGACCUUUUCAAGCAGCUCACUGCACACUACGCGGCACAGAUCCAAGAGGUGGGUAUAUGGGACGACGCAUUAGCCCAGAUUGGAGAGCAGUAUUUUGCGAUCAAAAUUCCCCGGCAAGGCAACCCGCUGUUAGAUAUGAUGGGCAGCAUGUUGUUUGGAGGAGGUCAGGAGGGCACGGGGGGUCGGAGAGUACAAGGAGGCCGGGGACAAUCGAGAAAGGUCGAGGCGCCGCCGGCGAAUCCGGAGCUCGAUUAG